CUUGUUGCUUCAACGUGUUCGGACUCCGCGCCGGUUACGUGAUUUUUCGGCAAUACCGGUUGAUUUGUUACAUCGUUCGGUCAUCUUUUUACCAACUAUUGGCGCGCGUUUCAAAGCGAAAACCGUAACGGCUUUAAAUUGAAAUUGGGAUUAAUUUAUGCCUCGAUCAAAAAAUAAUUAAAAAUAAAAAGAAGAAAAUAAAUAAAAAAAUGUAAAUAUCUCAGUUCAAGUAAGGUGCAAACAAAGUGAGACGUGUCUUUUGUUAGUGAAAGCGGAAACGGAUAAGCAAAAUAAGCAUAUCCAUUAAAUAUGCACAUUGAGAGAGAGUGCUUCGUAAAAUGUGGAAAAAAUCAAGGAAAUCAUAUUUAAUGCAAAUCCAACAAGUUCAAAAAUAAAUAUCUAUCUGUAAACAAAAAGUGGAAAUUCUAUUUGAAAUUUAUAUGAAUGAAUGUGUAAACGGACAAACGGAAAUUUAAUUAUUUUGCAAAUAUCCCGCAUAAGUGCUGUGCGCUGGGAUAUCCACUUCCCUGCCCCCACAACUAGCCCCAGUGUUUGUUUCUUUUAUUCCUCAAAAUAAUACAAAUUCGACGAGUGAAUGUUUAUUUUCGGGGGUUGAGGUGAAAACAAAUAGCCGAAAAAGUGUUGAACGUAAACAAAAACUUGAAAUGAUUGCGUCCGAAGCCAUCAGCUGAAAAGUCAACAAUCCCAUAGAGACUCUACGGAGGAGUAAACCCCAAAUGUGAUCGCAGUCAAUAAUGUGGAAACGCACCCAUCAGAAUGCAUCACUGGAACCUUAUUCGAAAUAGGAUUGUGUUGUUCGUCCUGCUGGUGGUAGCAUCUAGGGCCGUGGGCCAAGAUUCUUGGGAAAACAACACAACACCCAGCAAUCCGACAAUGGUAUCACUGGUCCAAAUUCAGGAACUACAAACUGCUCCGAUGGAAGUGCAUCGGUACGUGACCAGUUUGCCAGGCACAAAAAUGCAGGAACCUGUAACGAGGAUGCGUCUACAUCCCACACCUGAUGGGGAAAUCACAGAGCUAAGCACCAAUGUUACGCUCUACAUGGAGAAAAUUCCACGCCUGCAAGUGCGGUGGCAGGAUAAUCUGCCGGAAGGUACUUCCUACAACGUCCUUGUUAGCGCCGUGAACAACAGCCGUUGCCCGGAUGCGCCGUGCAGCGAGUACGGGAUCAAACAGAAAAAGGUCAGUCCCGGGCCGCACUUCAUUUACCUGCCCGUAAAUCCCAACCUGAACGUGGAGUCUGUGGACUGCAACUACAUGUUCGGCUGCCAGUACCAGGUCAUUGUGGAGACGUCCAAUGCGAUGGUGAGGCGAUCUGCCCGCGUCUAUAUUCCACAGUGCCUCGAGGGCAAGUGCUCCUGCCAAUUAGCGCCAUCACCACCAAAGGUCCUGGCAAUGGCCAAAAUGCUCAGUAACGACACAAUCAGCAUCAACAUAUCGAUCCUAGCCAGCGAGCUGUUGCGUAAGGAGCAGGGCUCCCACCUGCACGAAACAUUAAAAUCUUACAAAAUGCAAUUAAAAAUCAAUGAGGAAACAAACCCCUCGCUUCCCUGGGGCGGGGUAUUGAAGCACCUGAUGACCCGCGUUUAUACACUCAGCGAACUCAACUUCAGGCCAACUCCCAAGGGAUUUGAGGGCACCGUGAAGCUGGGAUUGGGAACGCAGCUCAAGGAGAAGGCCUCCAUCAGUUUGCAGGCCGUCAUUAUCGAUCCUUCGGGCUGCGAGGGGCUACGUAGUGUUACCAAAGUGCCAGUGCCCGCCAAUCCAGUCCUGCUAACCGAAGGUGACAGUGUGAGCAACUCCAUAAUUGUCAUGAGCGGCAUGCUGAUUGCCAUAAUCCUGGCUGGCUUGAUUAUGCUGCUAGUCCGUCGGCGAAGGGCCAGGGCAACUUCCAAGCUGCGAAAACAGGAGCAGAUCUACAUACAAACCUUUGCCGCUUCUGCCAUUGAGAUGGAGGAUAAUGUUAACUAUGUGGACAAGUACGUUGAGAAAUCGCAGGUCCUCGGGCUAGCAGACAUAUUCGAGGUUCCCCAUUCGGCCAUUCAAAUUGGGAGGAUUUUGGGCGAAGGAGCCUUUGGUCAAGUGCACGAGGCCAAUGCUAUUAACUUGCGCCGGAUGAGGGGCACUACCAUUGUGGCAGUGAAGCAGCUUAAACCCAAUCCGAAGGCGGAUGAGGUGGCAGAGUUCUUGGCCGAGAUAGAGAUGCUCAAGGGCGUGGGAACGCACCAUAACGUCGUCUGUUUCCUGGGCUGCUGCACCAUCAAGCCACCUUACCUGAUGAUCAUGGAGUACGUGGGCAAAGGGCAACUUGGUAAUUAACAAAAACACAUUUUGCUGAAGUAACAAUCUCAAUUUCAAUCGAUUUGGCUUCAGCUGAACUAUUUGCGAACGGUUCGCCAGGAGGCCAGCAAACUGAAGAACAGAAAUGCCAACUACACGUCCUGUAGACCUCUUUCGACCAGGACUAAUGGUACUUCUUCGCCAAAGUCGCACAGCGUGAACUACAUCGAAUUGAAGGCAUCAAGCCAGACCGUUGAAUUGCCACUGGAAGAUUCCAGUGUAAUCUCAAAUGGUCCCCGGCAACCAAAUCCCUCCUUUGCCGAGACCACCUACACUACUGUGGAGGACGACGAUGUCUUUGAGUAUAUACUGGACAACAAAGAGCUUCACAAUUUCGCUCUGCAAAUUGCCAAUGGCAUGCGGUUUCUAGAAGAGCAGGAAAUAACGCACCGCGACUUGGCUGCCCGCAACGUAUUGAUUGACAGCAACAAGACCCUGAAAAUAUCAGACUUCGGGCUUUCCAGACAUGGAAUAUACACGAAUACAAGGACGAGAAAGCUUCCACUUCGCUGGUUGUCUAUAGAGGCAAUUCGCGACAAUGUCUACUCCAGCAAGAGCGAUAUCUGGGCUUACGGGGUAGUGCUAUGGGAGAUUGGUACAUUGGGGGCCUCGCCUUACCCGACGAUCAGCAACAGCGAGCUCAUCCCAUUUCUGAUGGCUGGAAACCGUCUGGAGCGACCGGAGAUUUGCACACCGCAGGUGUACACCAUUAUGCUGCAAUGCUGGCUGGAGGAGCCCGAGGAACGGCCCACCUUCGACGCCCUGUACAGAGUCCUCAGUCCAAAGACCACCUACGUGGACAUCAACAGUCUGAGUGAUGAUUACGUCUUUCCGCCGAUUAGUGAGAAUAGAGAAUAAACUAAGUAUAAGUAGAUGUCCUUAAUUGAUAAUCGUUUGGCUUGUAAUGUUGUCUUUAGCGUCCUUAUUCGAUAAUUGUUAUAAGUGUAUCUUGGUACUCGACUAUCCUUAAUGUACAAACAUCUCCGUCUCUGUGUGCUUACAGCUGAGUUUAAAGUGUGGAACAAAGUUUUUCAAUAAGUAAAACUUUAGUUAGUAUUGAUUAAGUUGUAGAUUGUCGGAUUAGUUUUGAACAAAGUUUAUGUUCAUUUAAAAUCAAAUACAUCCAUUAAUAUUCCUUGACUCUCUA